AUGGCUUUGAUUGUGAUUGUGCUGCUUGCACUAUCAGUGCUUGGUUUCAAGCCGUCUCGCGCUGGAGAGUGUGAGUGGGUCAUGAGGUUGUGCAAAACCGAUCUUGUUUCCACCGGAUUGUGUGGUGUCAGGACUGGCGGCAUGGAGGUGCAAGAUCUGGAUCACACGGAAAUGCAUAAAAAUGUAGGAUUUCCAUAUUACCUGAAGCUAGACCUGCUGUGUGGCUUUAAGGAGUCUUCAGAGAGAGUUGUGCUGGAGGACUUAAUGACUGGGCUGACUCCAAAAGCAGUCGUUAUGUUCCAAGAACCCACACACCCCACUCACUUCAAACCACAGAGACUUGAGGUGGAGCUGUCAGUUGUUUCACUAUCGGAAAAUGCUACCUGUGGAAGUGAGAUGUGCGAGUGUAGCUGGUACGCCCCAAUGCCCUUCAUCAAUGGGUCAGUGGUGCAACGGGUGAAGGUAAAAUCCAUUGAAAUGGGCCCUCAGCAUCUACCUGAGAAAAGUUUUGCCUUUAAUGUGAACGGCUACAUGGUCACUACACAGAAGAGAGAGUCGGAAGCAUACUUUGGCACGGAGAUACGUGUUAUAGAAGACUCACUGAGAGUUGGUAGUCCAUCCUUUCCACUCUGGGCUGUAGUAGACCAUGCUCCUGUUCUCUUGUUGCCAGGAAUACCAGGCUUAAAAACUGUGCUCAUGACUGCUACUGAGUUCCAGGAUACAUCCCUCAUAGAGGUGAGUAUAAAGAGCUCGUCAGGCUCUUUGGAGUGUCUACAGGUGGAGUCUUCUAUGAUUCAAGAAACGUUUUCUACAGAGAGCUCACUAUUUGUCGUAUACAAUCAAGAGCUAUAUCGUUUUCUAGGAAACUAUUCUCUUCUUCCCCUCAGUGCGCCACCAUCAGAUACAUGGGAAAAGGUUUUGAGUGCAGUCUGUGUGUCUGGUUUGGUACCAGUGAGUAUUCCUCAUCAUGGUAGAGAGUACUUCUAUGUUCUGGGGGGAGGCUUGCAGAUUGGAACCCUGUACCGUGCAGAGCUUUACGAUGGUUUUGUUACAUUUACAGAGUUGGUGGAUUCUCUUGGCUUCACCCCAUGCAAGUUUUCUUCUUCUCCAGACUUCAGUUGCCAAGUGCGCUCGGCGGCCCAGAACGCCCAGACCGAUAUAACCGACAUCGUACUAAUAGAACUGCUUUUCCGUGAAGAUCAAGAACGAUCUUACAUACUGCUCACUUUCGAUGGUGAUUUCCAGAUGAGUGAGAUUUUACCCCAGUUCAUUGCAUAUGGUCAGAAGCAACGGCAACAAAAGAGAAGUUCUUUGAACCUGAAAUUCAGUGGAAUGACUCUCAGCCCCAGCACUGGAAUUCUAUACAUCUGGGGAAAUUCACUCAUCUUCUCAUAUAUUCUUGCGUAUAGUUUUUGGCAAGACAGCGGAUUUCCUAGUGACCAGAUGAUAAAAUAUUUCACUCUUUCUUAUGAUGGAACAUUUGUCUUUGUUACUGAAAAUGAGGAGCUGUGGUGGGGUCAAGAAAGAACAGAUUCUGUGUUUCGUUUGCGACCAUCUCAGGGCUGGAAUGAGCUAUCCCAUCUGCAACCUCUUUCCGGUGAUCACAGCACACUCACAGUGUUUUAUGAUGGAGAUAAAGAGUUACAAGAGGUGCUGUACACAGUAGGCUUGGAUGGGAAAGGUUGUAUUGUGAAGAGAAAAAUCCCAGUAGUCGAGAUUUUGUCAUUUAGUCAACUGUCAUUCCUGUCCUCAUGUCCCUUUGACCUAGAGUACAGUGUUCCUCAUACAGAGAGAUUUAACCGAUUGCAGCGGUACUCAGUCAACCCCCAACUCGUGACAACUUCCUCUGAAUUACACACCACACGUUUAUUGGCCCUGUACCAAGGUUUUGUCUACCACCUGCUGCAGCUGCAUGCACAAUACCUCAUGGUCAUUGGAGAUCCUAAAGAGAACCCCAUCUGGCGCAUGUGCAAUAGUGUGCUAUAUAAGGACCUUUGUUUGUACCUGUCAUAUAAUAAUGUGUCAGGUGUUACCACAGACAGCAAAGAGCUCAUGACGGCCAGACUUCCAGAUAGAGUUUACCUGGACAGAACAGCCUCAUUCUCAUUUUCCCUGUUCAUAAGAGCUCAUCAGCUCACUCUUGAGUCCAUUGGAGAGCGUGCUGUAAAUGACAUCAGAAUGUUUGCGACGGUCCCUAAUUCUAAAUAUCUGAGGGUGACUCUCCAGAGAUAUGUGAAAUUCAACUAUGGAGGAGUCCUUUAUAAGGUGACAGUUGCUGACAAAGGCAUGGUUGAAGAUCAGUUGUUUCCCGGAGAGAGACUUUUGCAUUUCAGCGUGUUGUUUAGGAUUGGCAUUUCACCAAGACAGUGCUUUCAGCAGACUGACCUUGGGAUGGUCCUCAGUGGUCUGCAGAAUUUGCCUGUUUAUAUUGGUUGCCCUCCUGGUAACCGAUUGGUGUUUGAUGCCAGUAGCACUCUGCAGGAGGGUAUACGGCUCAAUAGAAGGAACUUCAGCUGUUUGAAUCCUGACCCAGUUACACCCUGUUUCUACUAUAAAAACUUGUUCUUUCCCUUUCUCCUCAUUCAGGAUGUGGUCCUAGGAGAGUCUAGGAAGUUUCUUGGCAGCUACACUUUAAAAGUAGUUGGUGGUGGUCCUCACUCAAGGAAGAACAUUCAUCUGUACAGCCCUGGGGAAGUACUGAGGUAUAACAGCCUCAAUUACAGAUCAGAAAAAUCACUUAUAUGGGAUAUAAAUGCCUGUGAGAAGGAUGGAACCUCUUGCAAUGUCACAGAGGAAGGAUUUUUUAUCUUUAAUGGCAGCAGAAACAAUGGAAUCAGAUGGCUUUGCCAGCCUAAUUCUCCUUGUGCUGAUGUGGUAUCCAAUAACCCUGCAGUAUCUCCACGUUUCUUCUUCAUCUUUGAGGUCUCAAACAGGGAUACAGGGACAUACUGCAGUCACACCUUCCGUUUUGAUAUACUUGUCCAUGACUUCCCCAUGAGCUCAAGUAGGAGGUUCUACGUCAUUCUGCUAGGAGAGAACAGCAGAGCCCGGAGAGACUUGCAAGUCCAAACCAUAGAAACGGACAAACUUGUGGGGAGGUACACCACCCCACAGCUUUACAGAUCUCAGCCAUCGAGAUCCCAGAUACCUCGUGUUGAGUGCGCUCUCACUCCUAGCCUUAGCAAGAAACCAGAGGACUCAUAA